GUUUUCUAUUGUGAUUAUGGACGAUUAUCGACCUAAGGUGGUUGUCAUGAUGGUUCUGGAUCAAGAGAAACGAAUAGAAGUUGAAAAAGAGGAAGAAGAGAUUGAGGAGGAGAGAAAGAAGAAGAGGAGGAGGAGGGAGAAGAGAGUAUAAACUAUGGAGGGUUGGUGAAUCUGUAUACCAAGCCGAUAGGACCGUAUCCGAGAGGAGAGUAAUGGUGUUGGUAUAUAAGGCACGAGCAGCCAACGUCUGCUUCUGACAGCCCAUUACCACUGUACAAACGCGAGUGCGGUGCUUUGGUAGGAUUGCGAUGGCGCUUGUGCCUCGACCCUCUCUCGCAUUCGUUCUCUCUUUUUCUCUAAAGAGAGAGAGAGAGAGAGAGAGAGAGAGAUAGACAGACAGAGAGAGAGAGAGAGAAAGAUAGACAGACAGACAGAGAGAGAGAGAGAGAGAGAGAGAGAGAGAGAGAAAGAGAAAGAGACAGAGAGAGAGAGAGAGAGAGAGAGAGAGAGAGAGAAAGAGAGAAAAAGCUAGCACUCUUUUUUAUUCCCUCGUAAAGGAAGAUAUCAAAGUAAAGUUAAAAUUAUUAUAUUAUCCUUUGUUUAUCAAUUUGUAAAUAAGGCCAAGCAUUAAAGGCAACUUAAAGAGAGAGAAAGAUCUUCGCUGAAUUAUAUCAACUUAACUUUUGUAAAUACACAAGAUUUUACUAAAUAAGAUCAAAAGAUAUCUUGAUAUUAUCUUGAACAAAGAGAAGAAAUACUUUUUGCACUGAUAGACGGAAUCUAGGACGGCUCAGCGGUGGUCUUUGCCUUGCAAACAGGCUUUCGGGUAGCAAGCCUAUUUGGUACACGUGUCUUUAGACGUUGAAUCGCGGUGAUCCACCCAUUCGUCGGCAAAGAGAGAAGAGAGAUCGAGGAUCGCGACAAAGAGGGACCCAUGACACGCUUUGCCACGUGACCAACGAUGCCGGCUAGUUCACCUUUUCUCUCGCCUCAUUCUGUUCGAGGUUUAUCAUGGAACUGGAAUCGUAUAUGUAUGUGUGUCUGUAAGAGAAAGAGAGGGUGAAAAAAGAGGUUAAAAUAAAAUUUCGACGGCAGUAACAAUGAACCGCAGGUACGCUCGGUAGACAAACGUUCGCUAUUAAGCCUUCACCAAUCGGAAAAGAUUGUGAUAAUCAUUUCGGAGAAGAACGAAGCUGAUUGGACGGAGUCCACGCCCAGGGGUUGGUAUCGAUCAUCCCCCAACAGGGGGAUUUCUUAUAUAAACCAGUCUCUCUAGGGACACCGACGAUAGUCGAAAUUCAUCCGAUGUUCGUGAAGGAAUUAAUUCGCGAGUGGUAUUUUAAAAGUGAUUUUUUGAAUGAUAUUUCGAAUCAUCCGAGAGUGGUUAACAAAAUCAAAGUGUUACUUGACGAAGAUCGAGUUUUUUGAUUCCUAAAGUGCGAUAAACAAGGACUAUUUCUUUGUAAAAAAAUUCAUCGAAGUAUUCAUCCAAAAGAACGCGAAGAUCUUCUCUCGUGGAGAUCAAAACGUUUGUAAGAAAAAAAAAGGAACAACGAAUGCUUUCGUGAGAUUGAAUCAAAGAAGUAAGAAAAAGUAUGACGAGCCAUCCGGGAUACGAUUACGAAGACAGAGGUCAGAGAAUCCGCCAUCGUGUCGGUACUGCUUCGAGACCAGCCGAUUCUACCGUCGCUUGUACCAGUUCUCAAUAUUACGUUGGUCCAAAUAGCGACAUCAGUGAAGAGGAUAUAGCAGAAUUACCUUCUUGCGUUUAUGCGAGUAGAUCCUCCCAACACGUUGCACACGCUUCCUCGCACACGCAUUCACCAUUGCACUAUCACAUGCCGGUCGCUACUCCAGAUCACAAUGAUGCUGAUAUGAACGGAGUGGAAGAAGGUUAUUAUCCAAAUGGCAGUCCAUAUAGAAUUCAACGACAUGCCGCGAAUAUACGCGAAAGAAAACGUAUGCUGAGCAGCAUCAACUCGGCUUUCGACGAGCUUAGGGUUCAUGUACCAACAUUCCCGUACGAGAAGAGACUCUCGAAAAUUGAUACUCUUCGUUUGGCAAUAGCUUAUAUCGCUCUUCUUCGAGAAGUCCUAGCAGCGAGACUCGAUCCUUUGACUUACGUUGAGAGGUGCCUUAGAGGUGAAAUCAAUGGUGAACGUGCUGAAUGGAACACCAGUGAUCUGACCGCACGUUUGUCGUGGAUUAAUUGGGAAAAUUUAGGAGUCAAUCCUAAUCGACGUUCAGUUCUUACAACUCUCGCGUUAACUACAGACAAUAUGAAUUAAAAAAAGGCAACUGCAAAAUUGGGAAAAAAGAAAUACAGAAAUCCUGCUUUUCUUCUUUGUAAAUACUAUUUUGAAGUUCUUAAGCCGAGAUAGAGUGUCAAAGACAUUUAUUCUAUUUUAAUUUGUAAUUUAUAUAACGUGCAAUAAGAUCGACGUUACUGUACCCAUCGUCUCUCCUCGUCAUGUAUUACAUUACAUGUAUGUAUGACAGUAAUGAAUUUAAGAGCAUUAACUAGUACAUAGUUUAGUAUUUUUUGGGGGAAAUAAAAUUGAUAUCCGUGAAAGAAAA